AUGAAACGUAAGCUUGGGCGUCCUCAGAAAAAAAGUUCAUCUUCGUCGAUUGCUCCAAAUAAAGGUGGUAAUGCUAAGAACGCACGAUAUGCUCCUACCAGUGUAACCGAUAGAGACCAACAUGGAGGUUUGUUCAGUUACAAUAUCAAUGAAGUUCCUGAUCUAACACCCUCGGGAAUUCGUAAUGCACAGCAGAGACGAAUGCAUAUCAUGCGUGAGAGGAGAAAAAGAAAAGAAGCUAUUGAUCUUUUGGCUACUUCUAUCAACACCAAAGAGUUUGCUUGCUUUAUUGCUACUAAUUCUGAGUCCGAUAUGGAUAAUGAUGAAGACUCUAUGUCGGAAAGUGAGGAUGUGGAAAAAUCGAGGCCUGAGACCGUUGUUACUAGAACAGAUUUAUUAGAAUCAGUUAGUCCUGGUCUGAAAGAUGGAGAUAAACAUAACAAACAUGUGGAUGCAUUACGAAACGUUCGAGAAAGGUUUGAUCCUAACGAUGAUACAAGCCGGUUAAGGAUAAUUUUAAAGUGUGACAGGAAAAGCGAUGGAAGGACUGAGAAUCUACCAGCUACUAAUGAAGUUGCUGCAUUGAUACCUAAUGAUUUCAAUGGUGAGGUAGAUGCACGUGAUAUCAUCAUCGAGUGUAAAAAGACUGGAAAUCUCAAAAGGAUCAGUAAACUACAUCCUGCGUAUCUGCCUUUGCAAUAUCCAUUAUUGUUUCCCUAUGGUGAGGACGGGUUCAGACUUGGUAUCGAUAUUGGUUUUGUAGAUACUCAAGGGAGGAAAAGGUUGCAUAUUACUAUGAGAGAGUUUUUUGCUUACCGCAUACAAGAGAGGGUUGGUGAGUCACCAAUCAUCCCUUUAUCUGGAAGAUUGUUCCAGCAGUUUUUAGUGGAUGCGUUCACGAUGAUUGAGACUAAUAGACUACGUUUCAUAUCAAUGAAUCAGUCUAAACUUCGUUGCGAAAAUUAUGACAAAAUAAAGAAAACUUUUGAUGGAGGUGACACUGAUCUUUCUGACAAGGGUAAACGUAUUAUUAUACCUUCUUCUUAUACUGGUGGUACAAGGUAUAUGGUGCAACACUAUCUAGAUGCGAUGACUACUUGCCAGCAUUUUGAUUUUCCGGAUCUUUUCAUAACCUUUACGUGUAAUCCCAAAUGGCUUGAGAUUACCAGGCACCUAAAAAGACAUAACUUGAAGCAAGAGGAUAGACCAGAUAUAUGUACGCGAGUGUUCAAGAUGAAACUAGAUGAUCUCAUGCACAGGCUCACCAAAGAAAAUGUGUUAGGUGUCGUAAAAGCCGCGAUCUACACGAUUGAGUUUCAAAAACGGGGGCUACCUCAUGCACACAUCGUUCUUUUUUUAGAAGCUGGUCACAAGCUACCAACUGGUGAUGACAUUGAUAAGAUAAUAUGUGCUAAGAUUCCUGACAAGGAUAUUGAUCCAGCGCUGUAUGAGAUAGUAGGAGAUGUUAUGAUGCAUGGUCCAUGUGGUGCUUUGAAUAAGGAUAGUGUUUGCAUGGCUGAAGGAAAAUGUACAAAGUAUUUUCCAAAACCUUACAGUCCGAUCACUAAAAUAGAUGAUGUUGGAUAUCCUAUAUACAGGCGACGUAAUGACAAGAAAGUUAUCGUUAAAAAGGGUAUUGAAUGUGAUAAUGGAUUUGUGGUUCCUUAUAAUAGGAGUCUCACACUGCUUUAUAGGGCUCAUAUCAACGUCGAAUGGUGUGUACAAUCUCGAUCAGUAAAGUAUCUAUUCAAAUAUAUUCAUAAAGGUGCUGACUACAUUCGUGCAACUGUCAAGAAUGAUGAUAAAGAAAACGAGAUUAAGAAACACUUCAAUUGUAGGUAUGUAGCACCUUCGGAGUCUACGUGGAGAAUUUUCCGUAAUCAUACUCACCAUCGCACGGUUUCUGUAAUUAAACUACCCUUUCAUUUACCGAAUCAGCAAAUGGUCAUAUACAACGAGGAUGAUCCAGGUGACGAGGUUAUUAAUCGUGUCUCAGUUGGUACGUCAAAAUUCAUUGCUUGGAUGGAGUGCAACGAUAUGUAUGAAUUGGCGAGGACGUUAACUUAUGUGCAAUUUCCUACGAGAUUUGUGUGGAAUAACACAAAGAGAAUAUGGACGCCACGAUCAAGGAGAGUUGCUCUUGGUAGAAUCACGUACGUACCCAUUGGGGCAGGUGAAGCGUAUUAUUUAAGGCUUCUGCUUAAUUUAGUCAAAGGAUCACGUAGUUUUGAUGAUAUAAAAACGGUCAACAAAGUUCUACAUUCUUCGUUCAAAGACGCUUGCUAUGCGUAUGGAUUAUUGAAUGAUGACAAAGAAUAUAUUGAGGCCAUCAAUGAGGGUGGCUUGUGGCUUUCUGCCAAUUAUCUUCGUCGUCUUUUUGUGAUGCUGCUCACUACUCAAAGUAUAUCCAUUCCUUCUAGAGUUUGGGAUGCUACGUGGCAGCUGUUAGUCUAUCUCAGGAGCAAGUUAAAGACUUUACUCUGGUCGAAAUAG